AUGAUGGUGAAGAAACUCAAGCCGUUAUCUUCUCAGUGCGCUUCUCGCGUUCCCAAUCUCCGUCUCUCUAAAUCGUUUCUUCACAGUGUGGCAAUACACUCCUCGGAUGCGAAGCUUCCCGCAGGUGAAGACGAUGACGCGGAAACCGUUUACCGGAUGAUCAAUGGAUCAAAUCUGCAGGGAGAAUUGAAGGAAUCCUUGAGCUCCAGUGGAAUACACUUGUCCAAGGACUUAAUCGAGAGAGUGUUGAAAAGGGUGAGGUUUAGUCACGGAAACCCUCUGCAAGCCCUGGAGUUUUACAGGUACGCUGGUGCCAGAAGAGGGUUUUAUCAUUCGGCCUUCUCUCUAGACACGAUGCUCUACAUCCUCGGUAGAAACCGAAAGUUCGAUCAAAUCUGGGAGAUUUUGAUUGAAGCUAAGCGAAAGGAUCGGUCUUUGAUAUCGCCAAGGACGAUUCAAGUGGUGUUAGGCAGAGUAGCUAAGCUGUGCUCCGUUAGACAGACCGUUGAGUCAUUCUGGAAGUUUAAGAGAUUGGUUCCUGAUUUCUUCGACACGGCUUGUUUCAACGCUCUCUUGAGAACUCUCUGCCAAGAGAAGAGUAUGACCGAUGCGAGGAAUGUCUAUCACACCUUGAAGCAUCAGUUCCAGCCAGAUUUGCAGACUUUUAACAUACUCUUGUCGGGAUGGAGAUCAUCGGAAGAAGCGGAGGCUUUCUUCGAGGAAAUGAAAGAAAAGGGGCUAAAACCGGACGUGGUCACGUAUAACUCUUUGAUUGAUGUGUAUUGUAAAGACAGGGAGAUGGAGAAAGCUUACAAGUUGGUAGAUAAGAUGCGCGAGGAGGAUGAAACUCCGGAUGUUAUCACUUACACGACCAUUAUAGGAGGUUUGGGGUUAAUCGGUCAGCCUGAUAAAGCUAGAGAGGUCUUGAAGGAGAUGAAGGAGUAUGGAUGUUAUCCUGAUGUUCCUGCUUAUAAUGCUGCAAUCAGGAACUACUGCAUUGCGAGGAGGCUCGGGGAUGCGGAGAUGCUGGUGGAUGAGAUGGUGAAGAAGGGUUUGUCUCCGAACGCUACUACUUAUAAUCUGUUUUUCCGUGUUCUGUCUCUGGCGAAUGAUUUGGGACGGUCUUGGGAGCUGUACGAGAGAAUGUUGGGGAAUGGGUGUUUGCCGAAUACUCAGUCUUGUAUGUUCUUGAUUAAGAUGUUUAAGAGGCACGAGAAAGUGGAUAUGGCGAUGCGGUUGUGGGAAGAUAUGGUGGUGAAAGGUUUCGGUUCGUAUAGUUUGGUUUCGGAUGUGCUUUUGGAUUUGCUUUGUGAUUUGGCUAAAGUGGAUGAAGCUGAGAAAUGUUUGCUUGAGAUGGUUGAGAAGGGACAUAGACCGAGUAAUGUCUCGUUUAAAAGGAUCAAGUUGUUGAUGGAGCUAGCGAAUAAGCACGAAGAGCUUAAUAACUUGAAACAGAAAAUGGCUGUGUUCGGUACAGAGAUCCCGCGUUAA